CAUCAAACACUAGCAGUUGGUGAUGAGGCUUUGCAAGCCAUCGUUCCACAUGGAGCCUCCGUUACAACUAGAUCCGACUGACCUCCUCGUGUACGAAGACAUCUUCGAUGAUCCACUCGCUGCCUCUCACCUGCCUCCACUGAUCUCAAGAACCAUCGUUAAUCCCAUCGACUCUUCUGAUCUGAGCUACUGCACUAGAUUCCUCCUCCACCACCCUUCUGAUUCCAUGGGCCUCUCUGGCCUCUCGUCCUCUUGCAAUCCUUCAGAACUCAAAUUCGGGGAUGUGGCAGACGCCGUACACUUGUGAGAGGGUCCCACAAAUGCACAAGUCUCGAAACUUAUCAUACCACAAUUUGAUACCACAAAAUUUGAAGAUAAAAUUUUAAAAUUUGU